AUGUCAACAGAAGUAUCUGCUGCCCAGAUGGCCGUUGCUGAGAUGCGCGGUCUUGCUGACACUUUCUCCCGUCUCACUGAGGCCUGCUACAAGAAGUGUAUCCCCAAUGUCAAGGAGGGUCAACUCAAUGUUGGCGAAAUGAGCUGCACUGAUAGAUGUGUGUCGAAGUACUUGGAUGUUCACACUCUGGUCGGGACUGAGCUCAAUAACAUAACCCAACAAGCGCAGCAGACCCAACAGACCCAACAGUAA